AAGACAGUGCUUGGUUUUAAUGCGCCAUCUUAUAAGAUUUUCAAUCACACCUGAUCCAGUGCAACUAAACUCGUCCCCAAAAGCCUGUGUAUCACCCUAGACUUGUCCUGUAUCCUGAGCAUACGGUCCUCGGGAUGUGCAGCAUGCUGCGAAAUCUUGCUGCUUUGCCUUUCUGCAUUCCUGCCAAAGACGAAGGACGUCAAGCCGAGGCUUUGGGCUCUGCAGUGAAGUAGCAGCUAUGAUGCGAGAUCUGAGCCCUGCUCUCCCCGAGCCGUCAGUACGCUGCCUUUUUGCGAAGGGUCGCCUGGGGAUGCUCCGGAGGAGAGAUGUUUCUGCUGGUAGCUGCCCCUCAAAUCCGAGUGACCUGAGCUCAUUCCAAAGUCCUAGACCACUGGAGUAAUGAGAACAGCUUUCGCCUUCAGGGAGAACACUGCAGGCUCGCUUCUCAUAUGUGCGGAUGAAAUAUCUUUUCUUUUCCUGGUUGGUGGUUUUUGUUGGAAGCUGGAUUAUCUAUGUGCAAUACUCUGCCUAUACAGAACUAUGCAGAGGAAAGGACUGUAAGAAAAUAAUAUGUGACAAAUACAAGACUGGCGUGAUUGAUGGGCCGGCAUGUAAUAGCCUUUGUGUUACAGAAACUCUUUACUUUGGAAAAUGCUUAUCUACCAAGCCCAACAAUCAGAUGUAUUUAGGGAUUUGGGAUAAUCUCCCGGGUGUUGUGAAAUGUCAAAUGGAACAAGCCCUUCAUCUUGAUUUUGGAGCUGAGUUGGAACCAAGGAAAGAAAUAGUGCUGUUUGAUAAGCCGACUAGGGGAACUACUGUACAGAAAUUCAAAGAAAUGGUCUACAGCCUCUUUAAAGCAAAGUUGGGUGACCAAGGGAACCUCUCUGAACUGGUUAAUCUCAUCUUGACAGUGGCUGAUGGAGACAAAGAUGGCCAGGUUUCUCUGGGAGAAGCAAAGUCUGCCUGGGCACUUCUUCAACUAAAUGAGUUUCUUCUCAUGGUGAUACUUCAAGAUAAAGAACAUACCCCCAAGUUAAUGGGCUUCUGUGGCGACCUCUACGUGAUGGAGAGUGUCGAAUAUACCUCCCUUUAUGGAAUAAGCCUUCCAUGGGUCAUUGAGCUUUUUAUUCCAUCUGGGUUCCGAAGAAGCAUGGACCAGUUGUUCACACCAUCAUGGCCUAGAAAGGCGAAAAUAGCCAUCGGACUUCUAGAAUUUGUGGAAGAUGUUUUCCAUGGCCCCUACGGAAACUUCCUCAUGUGUGACACUAGUGCCAAAAACCUGGGAUAUAAUGAUAAGUAUGACUUAAAAAUGGUGGACAUGAGAAAAAUUGUGCCAGAGACAAACCUGAAAGAACUUAUAAAGGAUCGCCACUGUGAGUCCGAUUUGGACUGUGUCUAUGGCACGGAUUGUCGAACUAGCUGUGACCAGAGUACAAUGAAGUGUACUUCGGAAGUGAUACAGCCGAACUUGGCAAAAGCCUGUCAGUUACUCAAAGACUACCUGCUGCGUGGUGCUCCAAGUGAAAUCCGUGAAGAACUAGAAAAGCAGCUGUAUUCUUGUAUUGCUCUCAAAGUCACAGCAAAACAAAUGGAAAUGGAACACUCUUUGAUACUAAAUAACCUAAAAACAUUACUGUGGAAGAAAAUUUCCUACACAAAUGAUUCCUAGUUCAUUUGGACAUUGUGACCAUUUUAAGAAGCCUAGCAUUUCAAAAA